AAGGAUUCACGCUCAACGAUCAGACGGCAGUCGGCCGCUCCAGCUCUACAGUCAAGCGACAACAAGUAUUCUAUUUGGCUCUAGCUGGUUGUUGUUCAAUUCAAAGUUGCCUCCCGCCCAAAAGUUUUCAUUCAUAGUCUCUCAAACUGCUCACGAAAAGGCAAUCCCAUUCAAAGAAAUACAAUUUCAUCCAGAGUGUGCGAACUCUCUAACCAGCCCCGUCACUCGUUUGAAUUUCCCAUUUUCUUGACUCGAUCCAGUGUUGUUUGUUGUUGUUGUUCGUCGACCCUUGGAGCCCAACAAAGUUCGGCAACCGAAGAAGGAGGCACCAGCCAUUAAAGAAGAAUCUGAAGGUGGUGGUGGUGGUGGUGGUGGGGUGUUUCUUUUGGAGGAGAGAGAUUUGAAAAAAAGGAAAAGAAGCAGUGCCCAAUCAACCUGUCGAAAGAUGAAGUGUUGCUGGGCUCUUUUGUCGGCCCUGGUAAUCCUGACGGCCAUGGCCACCUUCGCCGAUGGAUGCAGCUGUUCCAAGCGCCACCCACAGGAGCACUACUGUUCAGCCGAUUUUGUUGUUUUGGCCCACGUGAAGCGGAUCGUGCACGACCGAUCUGAAUGGUCCCGCGCCUACAAGGUGCGCAUCAAGAAAGAGUUCAAGGUGACGGAAUCCGGCCGCCAGGCCUUGUCUUACGGACGCAUUUUGACGCCUUCGCACGACGCUUCUUGCGGUAUCCGACUCAAGCCGGGACGGCGCUACCUGUUGACGGGCAACAUCCGCUCCGGAAAACCUUGGAUCAAUUUGUGCAACUUUGUCCAUGACUGGGACCGCAUGACUCCCAUCCAGCGCAAAGGUUUCCGCCGUCUAUACCAGCGCGGAUGCGACUGCAAGGUCAUGGAAUGCCAUUGGUGGGGCAAGUGCCCGUCAACGACUCAGGCUUGCACAUGGGACACGGCAUUCGACUGGCACGAUUGCCAGUCAAUGCACGCCAUUUGCACGCGAGGUAACGGCGGCGGUGGCAGCGGAACAUGCCGCUGGUCCCACUCAAAAUCCUACCGACAAUGCAGCAAGAAACGGGCCGGCGCCGAUCCCAAGAAUCCAGACGAUCCCGCCCGGUCGGCACCCGCUUCUGCCGUUGCCACUUCGUCGUCGCGUCGGUGGAAAAACAAUUUACUACUCAAAUCGUGAGCAAAAGAGAGAAAACGAGACGCAGCACGCGCGCAACGAAAAAAAUAAAAAUAAAAAACACACAUUCGACACAGCAGCAGCUCUCUUUAGAGCUCCCGUGUUAUACAUCUUGAUCCAGCGCUGCCAAAUUCCUCCGACUGCCCCGAUCUUUUUCUUUCCCUCUUUUUCCUUCUUCUUCUAUGAUCCACCCAACACGGCACCACACCGAAUCGAAUUUCCUCCCAGUUGGCAAAGCCCAUUGUUGUGUGCACUCCGCACACAGCAGCAUCCCACACAACCAUUUCACCGCACUAUUUAUAUACAUAUUAUACAUAUUAUAUAUAUACAUAACAUUGUUAUAUAGUAGGGUAUAUUCGAUCGUCUUUCUCUCAAUUGUUCCGCCGAAAACUCAGCCGUUUGGAUAUGAAAAUGUGUACAAUUUUUCUCUGUUUUUCCCCCCUUAAUCUCUCUUUUUGUUUCUCCUAUUGUUGGUUUUGUUGUUGUCGUUCAAAUGAUGGACUAACAGGAUAUGAAUGUGGAACUAUUUGCGUGCCUGUGUUUGUGUUGCGCCACAGCCAACGCGAUACAUCUCUUGUAAACGAUCCUUGUAAACUAAAGCAAAACGUACAUGUUUGCGGAGGAAGAAAAUCACGAAAAAAUAAUAAAAAACCAGAAAUGAGGUAACAAAAGAAAGAAAAACA